AUGGUCAAGUCCUCCAUCCUCACGGCGGUGCUCACACUCGCCUCCUCGGCCGCCGCAGAAUGCGGCUUAGGCACACCCGACGCAAAGGUCACCGGCUCCGGAAGCGCCUUCGUAGCGACCAAGGGAUCCAGCCAGGUCUACAACGGCUCCGACUACCUCGCCGCCAUCCAAGCCGCCGUCGACUCCAUCAGCAGCGGCCAGCGCGUCUCUAUCAUUGCCUCCGGCUCCAUCGGCGCCGGAACCAUCGCCAUUCAGAGCGGCAAGACCUUUGAAGGCUGCGGAACCAUCAACGCCGCCCUCCGAGCGCCUCGCGGCGCCAUCGAGGUGACAGACGCCUCGGGCGUCACGAUCCCCUACCUCACCAUGACCGGAAACCCGUACUUUGCUCUGCGCUGCUUCGGCACAAAGGACCUCACCCUCGGCACUAUCAACAUGGAUCUCAGCGGCACCGAAAGCAUCGGCAUCCGAUUUGACCGCGACCAGGCCGCCAAUACCAAUGUCAAGAUGGGCACCGUCACCGUCACCGGCGCCGGCAGCCACGCCAUCGAGACCUGGAACAUUGACGGCCUGACCAUCGACCAGGUCAUCGCCAAAAACUGCGGCCAGUGUGGACUGCUGCUCCAAAAGACCACAAAUGCACAAGUCGGCUUCGUCUCCGGCACUGAUGUUGGUGCCACCACCGGCUACGCAACCCUCCGUUUCGCCAACAACAACGGCCAGCUCCCCGACGGCAGCUACACCCCAAACAUCUUCGUCAAAAACGUCUUCUCCCGCCGCGGCGGCCGCGGCGUGUUCUGCGUCUCGGAGUCGGGCGGUGCUGUGAUUGACUCCAUCGACCUCGCCGACAACGUCAAUAACGCCAUCCUAAUUGAGAACUGCUACGACGUCACCAUCAAGGGCGGCAAAGUCAAGGGCGGCGGCCAGGUCCGCAUCUCUGCCCGCACCGAGUUCCCCAACACCAAGGACAUCAGCAUCACCGCCGAGGUCGACGACACCACCGUUCUUGAGGACCCCUGCGGCGUGAACAUCACGUGGAACCUUUCUGGCAACGCCCCUCGCACUCUCUGCCAGAAGUGA